AUGGAUAAUCUUGGGACACUUCAACUUACACAAACUUGGCAUAAGUAUGGAUCAUGUCCGGCAGGAACUAUCCCUAUUCGGAGGAAAGGAAAAAAUUACAAUCCCGCACUUUUGCGUAAACAUAAUUAUCCAAGAUUAUCACCUUAUAAGAGUUCUGUUACAUCGCGCUCAAACGACACUGCAGACGACUCUACGGAAGAUUCUGGGGUCCAUGAGGCGGACGAAUACACGGGUACGGGGUGCUACAACCUCCUUUGUGAUGGUUUUGUGCACACAACGUCAAAUGUCUCUGUUGGUUGCAGUUUUAGUGAUGUGUCCACUUUCAAUGGGAGCCAAAAAGAUGUCACAUUCAGUAUUCACAAGGACCAAAGUAGUGGACAUUGGUGGGUGCAAUUACAAGGUAUUCCGACCGGUUAUUAUCCAAGUUCUCUUUUCGAUGGAUUAUCAAAGGAAGCAACAAGAGUAGAUUGGGGUGGACAAAUCAUUGAUAGGAAUGAAGAACGACAUACUUCGACUCAAAUGGGUAGCGGUCAUUUCCCUUCUGAGGGUGGUUUGAAAACAUCGAGUUAUUUUAAUUGGGUUCAAGUAGUUGAUGAAACUAACAUGAUGAAGGACCCUGAAAAUGUUAAAACAUACAUCAUGAAUCCAAACUGUUAUGAUUUGAAAAUUGACAACGGAAAUUACGAUACAAAUGGUUAUACUUUUUAUUAUGGAGGUCCCGGUUAUAAUGAUAUAUGUCAAUGA